AAUCACAAAAAAAAUUGGUCUUUAAUCUUUAUAAUUGUUCUUGUUUACUUGUAAUAAAUCUGUAACUCCUCCCCCCUCAGACGGUGGGCGGGGCCUGUGCCUGACGGAGGCCUGCGUCUCCGUGGCGGCUCAGAUGGGCGAGGCGAUGGACCGCAGCGUGGACCCCUGCUCUGACUUCUACCAGUUCUCCUGUGGAGGCUGGGUGAAGAAGAACCCGCUGCCCGACGGGCGCUCCAGGUGGUCCACCUUCAACAGCAUCUGGGAGCAGAACCAGGCCCUGCUCAAACACCUGCUGGAGAACGGGACGUUUAACGGCAGCAGUGAAGCCGAGAGGAAGACGCAGUCCUACUACCUGUCCUGCCUCAACACGCAGAGGAUCGAGGAGCUGGGGGCCCAGCCACUCGUAGACCUCAUCGCCAAGAUCGGGGGCUGGAACAUGACGGGCCCUUGGGAUAAAGACAACUUCAUGGAGGUCCUGAAGGUGGUUUCUGGCCCUUACAGAGGACAGCCUUUCUUCAGCGUCGGAGUCAGCGCAGACCCCAAACACUCCAACAGCAACGUCAUCCAGGUGGACCAAUCAGGGCUCUUCCUGCCGUCCAGAGAUUAUUACCUCAACAAGACUGCCAAUGAGAAGGUGCUGGUGGCGUACCUGGACUACAUGGUGGAGUUGGGCCUGUUGCUAGGCGGAGAAAAUAACUCCACCCUGAUCCAGAUGCAGCAGAUCCUGGAGUUUGAGACGGCGCUCGCCAAGAUCACCGUCCCUCAGGACCAGCGGCGAGACGAGGAGAAGAUCUACCACAAGGUCACCAUCGCCGAACUGCAGGUGAGUCGCUAAUCUACAGGUGAAGUC